UGGAUGGAGCUGAGCUGCUCCUGGUGGAAGGAUAUGUGCAAGGAAGGUUUCAGGAACAUGAUUGAAGAGAACAGGAACAGCAGUGACUCCUCUGCCUUCACUCACACCAACACCACGAGUGCCAUCCUGAUUACAGCCUACUCAGUUGCCUUUGCAGGUGGUGGAAUUGGGUCCGUCACCAUGUCAUUCGUGCUGGUCAAGAUGAACACUCUGUCAGUGACCACUACAGCCAUCAUUAACCUGGUCAUCGUGCACAGCCUCCUCCUCUUCACAGUGCCCUUCCGCCUGCACUACUAUAUCAGCAAGAAGUGGGUAUUCAAGAUGGCACUUUGCAAAGUGGUGAGUGCCAUGGUGCACAUCCACAUGUACCUGACCUUCCUGUUCUAUGUGAUCACGCUGGUGAUCCGCUGGCUCAUCUUCUUCCAAUGGAAGGACAAGGUGGAGUUCUACAGGAAGCUGCAUGCCAUUGCAGCCAGUGCUGCCGUGUGGGUCUUGGUCAUGGUUUUCAUAGUGCCAGUCUUGUGCUUUGAGUAUGGACGCUCAGGCUCAUACAAUGAAACAAUAUGCUUUAAGUUCCACAGAGAACUACAGCAGGGGAGUGUGAAGGCCCUGAACUAUGCCAUUAUUGUAGCCGUGGCUUGCAUCACCUGCAUCCUAUUGGGUCUGCAGGUUUUCAUCCUGGUAAAGGUGUCUAGAAGACUUUCCACCUCCCUCUGGUCGCACCAGGAGUUCUGGGCACAAGUCAAGAACCUGAUUUUCAUCUGCGUCAUCAUCAUCUGCUUCCUCCCCUAUCACCUCUUCAGGGCCUACUACAUACAGCACAUGAGUGACUUUGACCAGUUAGAAAGCUACAAUGAGGUGUUCCUGAGCCUGACUGCCCUCAGCUGCCUGGACCUGCUCUUCUUCGUGCUGAGUGGAAGCCGUCUCUUCAAGCAGAAGGUGAUCAUGCUCCUCAGCAGGUUACCUUGCUGCUAG